AUGUUUAGCAUAGAAGAAUUUAUUAAACAAUAUAAGAAUCUUUCAAGUCCAGAUAAGAGUAUAAGUCAGGAAGCGAACAAAUAUAUCCUUAAAUUGCAACAAACUAAGGAAGCUUUCACUAUCGCAUAAUAAAUAUUAGAUUAAUAAAAUAUUUAAUAAGAAUACUAAUUCAUAGCAUGCUAAUUGAUUUAUAGAAGAUUGAAGGAAGAAUGUGAUAUUACCAUACAACCUUAUCUUUUAACUUUAUUAGGAAGACCACUAUCAAACAUUGCCUUGAAUUAAGUUUGCUCCUCAUUUGCUGUCAUUAUUGUAGGUAACUCUCAGCUUUGGAAAGGGUAUCAGAGUAUUAUAUAUGCUUUUUAGAAUACUAUAGGAAUUAAUACAAUUAAUGAAGGUAAAAAUGCCAAUAGGUAUUGAAAUUCUGAAUUAAAUUGCAAUUUAAAGCAAAGAAUGCCAUUCAAAAAAAGAAUAAUAGAAAUUGCAACUAGAAUUCUAGACACAAGAAAGUAUACUUUCAGAAAUAUUUCUAAGUUUGUUAUGUGUCUAGGAUUUGAAUAUUUUUAAAUAAACUAUUUCAUGCAUUGAAUCAUGGGUCUAAUUUUCAUAUAACUUAUUCAAAGAUUCAAAACUGAUUCAACAAAUAAUAGUAUUAAUAUAACAUGCUUUGUAAAAUAAUGCACUUGAAUAUUCUGAUAAAUUAUUCUCUUUACUAUACGAAGCUGUUGCAUACUCACAAUAUAUUAAAAGUGCCAUUACGGAGCCCAUUGUGCAAUAAAAUUUAAUUGCAAUGCUUGAGUUUAUAAUAAAGAUUUAUUCUCCUUAAAUUUCAGUUAAGUUUGCAUCCUUUGCAACUAAGUUUAUUUGUGAUUUUUAUUCAAUCAUUUAAAAUUCAAAGUAUGAAGAAACAGUAUUAACAAUGAUGGUCAAUAUUGUGAAUAAUCCUUAGAGGAAAAUAGUAUUCCAAACAUUUGAGUUUUGGAGUCAAAUGAGACAGUGUAAUUUGCAUCAAGGAGUUGGGUUAAAGAUAUUACAAUGUUUAAUAGAUAGAUGCAAAGUAAAAUCUAUUAAAUUAACGAAAUAAUUUCUAUCAGGAGAGUCUGAAGAUGAAAAUGACUAUUUUAAUAAAGCAGACUGUGAAGGUUAGGAUUGUAAUAUCUCUACUUCUGACUUUCGAGAGCAUUGUAAAGAAAUAUUCAUUAGCAUAUAUAAAAGCACCGAAUAAAUCAAUUAAACGAAUUCAUUUUUUUAAAUCAUACUAUCAAAUUUGGUUAUCACUAAUCCUGAGUCCUCAGACUAAAUUAUUUAAAGUGAAGCAGCAUUGUUUUGUCUUUGUUCAAUUAUAGAUGAAGCAGACUUUUAAAUUGACAACCCAUUAGUCUUAUAAAUUAUUUAAUUUGUGCUUUAAUUGUCAAACAGCUAAAGUUUUGAUAUUAUUGUAAAGACAACGCUCUAAAUGUUUAAUGGAUUAACUAAUUAAUUAAGCCUAAAUAAUGAGCUAUUGCUUUCUAUUACAAAGUACUUCUUCUAGUAUAUGCUUCAUCCAUUAUUGGGAUCUUUAGCUGGAGUGUAAAUAUUCAAUUUAAUAUAAGUGCUUUCGAAUAUAUUUGUAAUAAUGGGGACCUUAAGAAUUAACAGCUGAUAUCUGAUUGUGUACUCUUUCUAGACCAACAUUUUAAUGAUUUUAUUAAUUAAUCUUAAUUAAGUUGUUUUGUUGAAGGCAUAUUGAAAUUAUGUUAUCGAAUUUAUUCACAAGGGAACAUAGAUUGCAUAAUCCAGGUAUUUAAUCGAUUAAAUUAAUUAUAGUUGUUCCAAUUUGCGAAUAACUAAUUUCAACUAUUUAAAAAUAUUAACUUGCUGACUAAAUAGCAAUUCAAUUACAUUACUACAUUAAUUAUUGCAAUAUUAACUUGGAUUAAUUCUAAUAUUGAAGAAAUAAGUCCUUAAGUAAAAUAGAUAUCAGAUUUGUUAUGCUCUUCUAUAAGUGAACCAUUAGUCAAUUUAUUUAAAGAAUAAUAAGGUUUGUCAAACAAUGACGAGCUAUAUUAAUUAGUUAGGAUGAUAUUGAAAGUAUCAAACUAUUAAACUCAUUCAUAAUCUAUUAUAUCAUUGCUACAAAUUUCAUUUCAAAUAUUCUAUCAGAAUCCAGUCCAAAAAUAUUAAUGGUUGUAGUUAAUCACAAUUGCAAUUGGUAGAUGUUCUGAAUAUUAAUUUAUUUCUUAAUGGGCAUUUUCAAGUAGUUAAUAAAUUCAUUAAUUUUGUAUUGAGUAAUUUAAGCAUUGGAGAGAUCCAGAUUUGAUGAAAGUUUAUGUAGAGUUUGUCAAAGAAUGCACAAGAUGUUGUCAAUAAGCGUUAUUUCAAUCCCCUUAUCUGUUUUUAAUAAUAGAAGUAAUUUGUGAAGCCUUUUUAACUUUGAAUUCAUAUGAAAUGCAAAGGGAAAUUUUACAUUUUUUCAAGUAAGAAUUGAUAUAAUUAUCUUAGAACUUUGUCUCAAUUCAUUGAAAAGGGAUAGGAUUACUUCAAUUAAAUCGUAAUAUAGAUAGUUACGACUCUAUUCCUGAGUAUUUCAAACAUCAAUCGUGCUAUUAUCUUUUAGAUUAUCUAGAUUUUGUAAUUCCUCUUAAAAAAGGAAAUAAGCAGUGACGAACUGAAGGAACUUAUCUAUUAGACGUUGCUUAAAAGUUGGGGUGCCAACAAGAACCCUUAGUAAGUCCAACUUGUAAGUCAAGCAAUCGUGCAUUAUUUAAAAAAGACAGGAGAUAAUGGAUUGAACAGAGAAUUAAAAUUAUUAUUGCAAAAUCUAAGAGAAAUGGGGGAGGAAGAGAUCGAUUAUAUGCAUUUGGAAAUGGUUAUAAAACAAUGA